CUUAUUUCAUUCGUAUCGCAGGAUCGCAGCGCAGCCAUUUUCUUGACUCUGUUUCGACGUCGAGUGAUGCGUGCUUUGUGUGGGGUUUAUUGAGUUUAUGACCUACUUGGGAUUUCCUUUAAGUUUUUUAUUACAAGAAUAUUAACAUUUAAAGCGGUGAAAAUGGUUGAUAGAAUUGAUAUGGCAUUGGACGAUAUCAUAAAAGCAAGUAAAAAAGGAGGAAGAGGUGGAGCUGGAAGAAAAUUCGAUGGUAAUAGAAGACCUGCUCGAGGAAGUGGAGGAUUUCGCAAUGGCCGCACGACUGGUGUAUUACGUGGUAGAAAUCGUGGUGGCAUAUCCAAACCUGCGAAUUACACAAGGGGUGAUGUAAACAGCACUUGGAAACAUGACAUGUUCAAUGAUUUUGGAGAGAGGAAGAUUCAGCGCAGUGGACCUAUCUCAACUGGCCCCACGAAGCUAUUAGUCUCCAAUCUGGACUUUGGAGUUUCUGAUUCUGAUAUUCAAGAGCUAUUUUCAGAGUUUGGCAUUCUUAAGAGUGCCGCUGUUCAUUAUGAUAGAUCUGGAAGAUCCCUAGGAACUGCUGAUGUUGUAUUUGAAAGACGGGCAGAUGCAUUAAAGGCUAUGAAACAGUAUAAUGGAGUUCCACUUGAUGGACGCGCAAUGAACAUUCAACUGGCUACUUCAGAAAUCAGUUCCCUGAGAUCUGACGAUAGGGGUCGCCUUGGAGGAGGAGGAGGUGGCAGCGGUGGUCCCGUGCGACGAAAUUCAAACAGAGGUGGAGCGAAUAGAAACCAAAGCAGCGGUGGCGGAGGUGGUCGCGGUGGUGUAGGUGGUCGCGGAGGAGCGCGCCGAGGACGCGGCGCCGGCGCGGGUCGGGGGAGGCGCCCCGUACCCACUGCCGAGCAACUGGACGCUGAACUAGACGCAUAUGUUAAAGAAAUUAAGUGAGAAUGACAUUGGUGGUGUGAAAGGACACAUGUACACAGUGCGUGUAACUAUAGUAUUUUGUAUAAUGAAUUUAAAAUAAUGCAACCAUUACAUUUAGGCUUGAAAUAUUUUUUUGACAUCAGUGAAAAACAAGAACAAGACUUGUAAUAUUAAAUUUGAAAUAAAUAUAAGUUAGUGAA